AUGCGGAAGCGCUGCUGCAACUCUUCAGGCGUCAACGGGAUGGCCUCGACAUCGGCUCUGGUUUCGCGUGCUCUUCUUCUGCUCACGGUCGCUCUGUUGCUGCUCGAAUGCGUUGUCUGGUGCGACAUGGUUGGAAAACAGUCAAAGGAUUCUUUAAAAGAGGCGUCAAAAAUUCGAAGAUUACUUACUCGACUCUCGCUGUUGAUGGCACUCAUUGCUGGAAUAGGCCUGCUUGUGUUUGCUUCCAGAAGAAGGAGCCGCCACGAGGAGCGUCAAAUGGCGGGUAAGGUUUAUCGAGAACCUUACCCGCCGAAGGAGGAGGAGGUCGCCGCUAAAGAGGAAAAGGACGGAAAGGAGACUACAAAAGCAAAAACAACUUCUAAAGCGACGACAGUUCGGAAAGUAGCUACAAAGGCAAAGAGCGCGCUUCAAAUUCUCAUCUUUUUGAUGGCCACACAUGCGACAAAAGGAUGCUCCAUGGAUUUGCUCACGAAGAACAGAGGGAUCCAGCUGGACUUCACCGUCACCGGGAAUCUGAUGGAAUGCUUGACGGACGCUGGAGUAAAAGGCACGAAUGAGGUGCACGAUGAGAGGGUCGGCGACGAGAAUAUGUUUCCGUACACCUUCAGUCUGCAGGAGGGACGUCUUGUCGAUUUGCUAGAUAAAGGACCUAAGACAGGUGCUCCCAUUGGGUGUUCGAAAGAAUGUAAGAGUGAAGGAAACAAAGGACGUCACGGACAAUGCCUGCUUUCGACCGAGUUCGCUGUUGCUUUUGGACGAAGGGGAGACAAGAUGCUCUACAACAUGCACAUCCUUGGUGAGCCGAGAAUCUGGUACUGCGCUUCUGCAACAAAAAUGCCCGAAAGCACCGCGUCUGUCACAGUCAACUUCGAUCAAAAGUUCAAAGGAUGGCAGGUUCCGUCUAAGCACGGUUGCGGAAGCCAGAGCGCAUUGGACUACGACAGGAUAGCUCAAUCUAACAUCUACUGCACCAAUCCUGAUGUUCUUCGCAAGGCUGAGGAGUGGGAGAUCAAGGACGAGGCGCAUAAGGACGAGUUCAAAUAUCUCUUCACGCUGAACGUUCUGCCACUGAAGGUUGUGCCCGCCCAUAGUGUCAAGAUGCAAGCGCUUGACCCCGGCAAAAUGAUUGAUGGGAACAAAUUUCCAAAGUGCGAGCUGUCCCUCAGACUGUGGUAA